GGCUCAGCGCGCUUGCGCGGAGCGGCCCUACGCGCAGUGAGGCAGUGGCGGGGGAAGGCACCGGUGGGGCCGACGGGCGGGCUGAGGAGGGAAGCGGACGAGCGAAGUCCCAGUGCGCGCCGCGGCGGCCCGGGUACCCUCCCCUUCCGGGCGUGAGGCGCUGAGAGGAAAGCGGAGCGGAGCCGACUCGCAUCGGCAGCUAGGUGCUUCUCCGGUCGCCCCAGACCGGCCUCCCGCGGCUUCGGCGCUCCAGUCGCGGGGCCCGGGUUCCUCAAUACACCUAGCCCCAGCCGCCGUCAGAGCUUGUCCGCAGUUCCUCGAAGCCCCGGCGGCAGCCCGGGCUCUUGGCGGGGAGGAUGACGGAGCUGCAGUCGGCGCUGCUACUGCGAAGACAGCUGGCAGAACUCAACAAAAAUCCAGUGGAAGGCUUUUCAGCAGGUUUAAUAGACGACAAUGAUCUCUAUCGAUGGGAAGUUCUUAUUAUUGGCCCUCCAGAUACACUUUACGAAGGUGGUGUUUUUAAAGCUCAUCUCACUUUCCCGAAAGAUUAUCCCCUCCGACCUCCUAAAAUGAAAUUUAUUACAGAGAUUUGGCACCCAAAUGUUGAUAAAAAUGGUGAUGUUUGCAUUUCUAUUCUUCAUGAGCCUGGGGAGGAUAAAUAUGGUUAUGAGAAGCCAGAGGAACGUUGGUUGCCUAUCCAUACUGUGGAAACCAUCAUGAUUAGUGUCAUUUCUAUGCUGGCAGACCCGAAUGGAGAUUCACCUGCGAAUGUAGAUGCUGCGAAAGAAUGGAGGGAAGACAGAAAUGGAGAAUUUAAAAGGAAAGUUGCCCGCUGUGUAAGAAAAAGCCAAGAAACUGCUUUUGAGUGAUGUUUAUUCAAUAGCUAGUAACUUCAAUUAUUUCAGGGUCUCCAAUUGAGAAACAUGGCACUGUUUUUCCUGCACUCUACCCACCUAUUGCUGGACUUCUGUUGUAACAAGUUGGCAAACUCUGGCUGGAACUGGGCUGCAAUAAAACAUGCCAGUCAUUAAUGCUGAGAAGAGCCUAACAAGUGCCAACUUACAGAUGAUUACGCAUUUUGAAUUCUAAUGAACUGUUUUAACCUUCAGGAAGAAUUGUAAAGACCUGUACAUAGCACAACAUGAUCCGGAUAAUAUAUAUACUGUUCAUGUACAUCCACAAACACACCUUGUACCAAAUAAUGCUUUCUUGUAGUAGAAUAAGAAUCGUGUAAAUUCUAAAAGACUUUAGCAGGUUUUCUUUUCCUGUUCAUCGUUUCUCAUCAGUUCAAAAGAUUCCUUAAAGCAUGUCAGGUGAAAACCAAUAAGGAUUAAAAGUUUCCAUAUAAUUUCCUUUAAACCAUUGAGUCUUCAUUACACUCUUUCCAUUUACUAAUCUUUUGUAUUUUCUUUGUUUUGUCACACUUUCCUUUCCUUUUAUCUCUUCUAUCUGCCAGAAAGUUCUCAAAUCACUUAGUUAAAAUACUGAAAUACUAGUAAAUUACUUGAUUUUUCGCGAUGACCUCAGUGGGGUCAUCACUAGGUGCUUUGUCCUUUUAUACUUGGAUUCACCCAUCUCUUGGAUUGGAUGUAGCAAUAACAUUUUCUGGCUGUUGAGAGCUCUUGAUCCUAGUCAUUAUCUCCUGAGAACUUUAAAAGAAAAAAAGAAAAAAAAAGUAAGGUCUGUUUUAACUAAGUUCAACUUAGUUAAAUUUAUUCCAGACAAUGCAAAAAUCCAGAUUUGGUUUUAUUUUUGCCCUUACGUUGCCUAAUAUUAAGGUUGGAUGAAUAAAGCAUGCACAACUACAGGCUUUCUACAUCUGGGAUUGCUAUUAAAAAUGCUAUUUGUCCUCUUACCCUUAUCCUUAGUCCUUCACAUUUCUUUGUUCUUUACUGCAGAUUUUCCUCACCUAUUGUACAAAGAAAUUGCGAUGUAUAUUUUCAUGUAAUUUGAUUUUGGAAUUUUUGUCACCUUAUGUAGUGAGUUCUUCCAAAAUAUAAUUUUUUCCAAUAA